AUGAAGUCCUGGUGUGUUCUUCCUUUCUUCUGGUUGGCAUAUUUUUGCCAUGGCACUCUGUCCUGCCCACCACUUUGCCAAUGCUACCACAGAAAAGCUGAGGUGGUCUGCAAUGAGGUUCCCCUGACAGAGUACCCCUCCGAGGGUCUCCCGAUUAACACCUCCCUACUGACCAUCCAGUUCACGAACAUCACCUCCAUCUCCGAAGAGCACCUGAACGCCACGCCUCUGCUGAAAGGACUCCACAUGUACAGCAACCACCUGCAGAGCCUUUCCUCUCAUCUUCUCAGAGGCGUUCCUCACCUCAACACUUUGGAUUUCACAGGAAACAAACUGUCUGACCUGCCUGCAGAUGUCUUCAUCAACGCGCCACUGCGCAACUUGGUGCUGAAGAAUAAUCUGAUUGCAAACGCCGAUGCUGAGUGGCUCCCUGAUAACAGCAACAUCACCUGGUUUGACUUAUCUGGGAACAGUUUAACCAAGAUCCCGGCUGCUCUGCUUCAGAAGCUGCCCCGCCUGGAGAAUCUGGACCUUGCCAACAACCGCCUGCAGAAGAUCUCUGCAAAUUCCCUGGACCCGCUGACCAAACUUGAGAGGCUAAACCUGCAAAACAACAAGCUCGACACCCUGGACGAAUCUAUACUUCAGAGAAAUCGUAACCUCACCCAUCUGUUCCUCUCUCGGAAUAAGCUCAACAAACUCCCCCAAAACCUUUUUCAGGAGCUCGCUCAGCUCAAACACCUGAGUCUGGAUGACAACCAGCUGAGCCACAUCCCUGCAGGUCUGCUGGACCCUCUGAGCUCCCUGGACGAGGAGGGGCUGGACCUGGCCGCCAACCCCUGGCUGUGUGAUGGGAAGGUGGAGUACCUCUGGAGGUGGCUUCAAAGGAACAAGAAGAAAGUCUUCCUGCCAGAGACCAUCAUAUGUGCCACACCGCAGUCUCUGGUGGGGCGCUCAGUAAUGUCACUGACAGAAAGUGAACUAAACUUUCAAUCUUAACAUUUUCCAUCCUCAUACUGGU